AUGCCAAUACCAGAGAGACCGUGGGAUGUAAUAUCAGUUGACUUCGGAGGACCAUACCCUAACGGGCACUACCAUCUUGUUGCCGUAGAAAAGAGAAAAAGAUACCCAGAAGUUGAAACAACAUAUUCAACAGCAUUUCAACCUACCAGAGACCAACUAAAGAAAAUGUUUGCUACACAUGGAACACCAAGAAGAGUCGAAACAGAGAAUGGACCACCAUUUAACCCCAAACAAUUUGAGGAAUUUGCGAUGGUAGAAGGCUUCUCGCACCACUUAGUAACACCAGAACAUGCUCGAGCAAAUGGAGAAGCGGAGAGCUUCAUGAAAACCCUGAAUAAGACUGAACAAAUUGCACAUCUACAGGGAGUAAACACAAACACAGAAAUUAUAAGAAAUGUUAAAGGAUACCGAUCAACACCUCAUCCAGCUACAGGCAUAACCCCGUAUAAUGCAUUCAGACAAUGGACCACCAUUUAA